ACACAACGAAAGAACCAAAAAGCUCGUCCGCCUUCACGCUCAAGAAGAAAGAUUUCCUAAGCGGAAAGCUCAGCAGUCUUCGGAAUGGCAUGAUUAAAAAGGGAAUUCUGGGCAAAUCCUACGCUGCGCAGUCUUUCUGCACCAAAGAAGGAGCCGAAGUCAAUGGCGACCAAACGGGGAAAAGCUAUUUGGACCUUACCGAUCAAGCAGGAAAGGACACGAUCAAUGUCUACAUCAAAAACCGCCGAUUAACCGACGACUCGCGCACCGUACCCGAUCGGGUCAAGGAGGAUCUGGCCAAAGGAGUUGAUACCACACCUUCGGAAACCCCUGAAUUGAAAGAUGCUGAGCUCCAGAAAUUGAAAAGCAGAUAUAAUUCUCGCGACUGGCAAGCAUCGACCAGCAUGGAAAAAGUUGUGCAUCCGGCAGAUAUGUCCGAGAAGCACUGGGGCAUUGUCAUGCGCACCAACAGCCUGCUGUGUGGUGUCCAUCCCCGCGAAGAGGUUCCAAAAGAAGUCACUUUGCCCAAUGGCAAAACCGUCAUCGUUCCAUCAGUGACCGAGCCCAUUCCGUCCAGGAAAGCCUACUAUCCAGCCUUUGCGAUUAAACCAAGACCAAUUGCUGCCUAUGACAUCACUUUCGGUGGGGAAUCUACCGGCGACCCCAUUGAUGAUGGCGAUGAUGGCAAUGAUGGCAAUGAGGAAACCCAAUUCCGCAUCCCCCGAUUCCACAUCAACGACAAGACAAACAUAGAAAUAUUCGAAACACAAAAUUCGCAAGAAAAGGCAUCUGCUGAUAGUGGUUUUACUGAAACCGCGGUCAGCGCAGGCAUAGGAGGUAUAAUAGGGCCUGUGACCGGCAGUGCAUCGGCGGGCUUCAGAAGCACUGAGAAAACAGCCACGGCCCAUACUGACGCUACUGAUAAGAAGCAUCUGCAUGUUACGUACAACUAUCCGCGGGUUAAAUUACAAUUGGAUGAAGGCCAGCUCGAGUUGAGCCCAGAAUGUGAAGAAGAUAUUGAAAGGCUUCGAAAAGAACGUACACAGGCAGCGCUGGAUCAUUUCCACCAGAAAUACGGUAAAUUCUUCGCACCUGAAAUCUAUCUGGGUGGUCGGUUAUUUUCAUCGGAGGAAUCCGACUCGGUGGCGGGAUCGACUCUGUCAGAGAAGAUGACAGGCUUCAAAGCUGCAGCCAAUAUAUCUCUUUCAGGUUAUGGAUUCCAGGCCAAUACAGAUGUCAGCCAUGAGAAGAUUGAGAAGCAUCAAGAUACGGAGAAAAAGACCUCAUUUACGCAAACAAUCAGCUGGUGCGCAGAUGGAGGGGACACCACUCUUUGCAAUAAUCCUCCUCAGUGGUGCUCUACUGUUGCAUCCUUCUAUAACUGGCGUGUGAUGCAGAAAUCAAAGCUUGUUAGCCUUAUAGAUCAUAUUGGAAAGCUGCCAGGCUAUGCUGAUAUUCCAAAUCUUGUUCGAAGCAUUCUCAGCAUCUAUCCAGACAAAGAUCAUUCUUUGUUCGUCGCUUUGGAUACGAUCUGUGUGGACACAAAGGGUGAGUCCUCCAAUCAAGCAUAGACUGAAUCAAGUAUGAGGCUCAUAGAACUUUA